GUUUGAUCCAUGCGGAGCUCCCGCGCCUGCACUCGGCACUUGGCGGACAGACGCGCAGGGCAGACAGUGGUCUGCUGCUGCUCAUACCGCGGGGUUCACUUCACCAAAGUCUUCCUCCACACAGCGAGGCAGUCUGGGAUUCCUUCAGUGCACAGUCGGGGAUGCGCAUCUGGAUCGGAAAGUGUCCCGGGGACAAUUACGCGUCGAGGCAGUACCUCUGUACCGCUGUACCUCUCUCUCUCUCUGUCCCCCUGCCCCCACAGAGGAAAUAAUCCCACCGGUUGAGGACAGUUUGGCUUUUUUUUUUUUUUUUUUGGACAGAAUGGCUGGCGCAAAGUGCCUUCUGAAAACGCCGAGUAACUUCCAGUCGUCUGCCAUGUUUGAAGGCUCAGAGUCUGUCGAGGUGGAGGGAGGCAGCACAGACAGCACCAUGGCCUCGUCCAUCAGCGCCUGCAAGAAGGUGCUGUGCAGCAACAGUGUGCUGGACUCAUCGGAGUACUGGCUGAGGAAUGAGAAAACUCUGUGCAGACUGGGCCUGCUGGACGACGACGCGGAGGGCAGCUGCACCGUGAUCUGUUUUGUAAAUUUGGAUCCUCAGAAAACGGACUGCCGUGAUGAGAGAAGCAUCAAGAAACUGGCAUCGGUGUCUCCAGACCUGCCAAAGCUUGUUGAAUUACUGACUGUCCACCAGCCGAAAGAAAAUGAGAUCCUACUGCUCGGUGGCCUAGGAGCCUCAGACACUUGCCAAACACACCCACACUCCCCCUCUCAGGGCGGGCAGCAGCAGAGAGGUACAGGUGUGUGCCUGGUUCAGUGUUCAGGGCAGAGACGCUCCACCCAACCAAGCAGCAUCAUCUUCGAUAUCAACAAGUUCCUGAUUGGUCUGCAGUGGGGAAAGGAGCGACAGCUCCAGCAGGGCCGUGCAGCAGGGCAACGGGUCGAUGACGACACCAAUCGCUCCAUCUCGUCCAUAGAAGAAGACUUCCUGACUGCUUCAGAACACCUUGGGGAUGACAGUGAGGAUGAUGGCUUCAGAAAUGAACCAGAGAGUGGUGACUUGGCAGAGAGCUUGGUAGAGGUUGCACAGAAACACUGUGUCAGACUUGCAUGUCAGAGGGGACAGCUGGCCCAUCAUCAGAACAGGGAGGAUGCUGAGGUGACAAGGGACGGCCAUCAGCCAGCAAACCUCCACACUAAGCAAUCAGCUGGUCACUACGCCACCAAUCUGGCUGAGUCAGUACUGCAAGAUGCCUUCAUACGCCUCUCUCAAGAUGAAACCACCUUUGUCUCUGAGGCAGCUGUGAGUGUGUCCCUCUCUAGCCAUCCUUCUAACUCCACUGGUCAUUCAAAGACCAGAGAGCCUUCCCAACAGCGCACCUGCUCUUUUGAACUCCCCAAGAUUGUUAUAGUUCAAAGCCCAGACAGUUCUGACGGAGCAGUAGAAUGGCCCGAGACCCAGGUGUCUCAUGUGCCUGACCAGGAUAUCAAUGCCAAAGCCAGAGAUAUGCCAGAGAAUGGGACACAGGCCCACAUUCCCCAUCACAAUGGAGGACACCCAUCCAAACAUGUAGAGGUGGCUUUGGCCUGUGCUGCCAGUGUCAUUGGCACCAUUACUGCCCCACAGCUGACAGAACAGAUUGCCAUGGAAUCAGCUUCAGAGGAAGAAACAGAGGAGGAGCUGCAGGAGGCAGAGGAGAGAGGUGACUACUCCUUUUCCUCAGCCAUGUGUGGCAUGGCUCAGGUAGCUGGUGCUGUAGCAGCUGUGGAGCUAACAGAGGAGGCGGGGGAGUGCGGCGAUUCUGAUGCAGAUUCCACUGAAGCCUUCACAGCAUCCCGUGGUCUGAUGUCUGCUGCUGAGGCCUCCACAGCCUUCACGCUGCACUGCAGUGUGGCAGAGGGUACCAGCGUUGAAGCGUUUCGUGCCAACAUUGCUGAGGUCCUACACAGGGAAGCAGCUGAGGUGCUGACUCAGCCACAAGGCUACAGGAGUGUAGCCCACCUGCUGGAGGCCACACAUAACAAGAUAGUAGAUGGCAUUACUUGUCCAAAAAAAUCCUACAUGGAUGAAAGAGAGAUGGAUGAAUUAAUAAAUGAGGUGGCAGACAGCCUAUUCAAGCAUGCUUUAGAAAAAGCAAAAAAGAAAAGAGAACUGGAGGGAACUGGAAAGGAUGCACCAAAUCUCCAGGUUUUUCUACAGGACAGUGUAAACAAUUUGCUGUUUGAUAUCCUUUGCCUGACACAGAAGAAAAUCAGUCACGUCUCUGGAUGUGACCAAGGGUCAUUUGAAACACAAGAGGGUGAUACUUGUGCUAUGGAGCCUGCUACCACCAAGGAGAGCAAGGAUCCAUUAAGUCAAUUACAGUGCUUAGUUGGCCACAGCCAAUACGCUAAUAGUGAGAACCACAGCGGCAUGCCACACUGCACAGAUAAGCUUACCAUGGCUCCUGGGCUGAAGGAGAAAUAUGUGCUUGAGGAAAGUGAUCUCAUUGCAUCUUCCUCCAUAGCACACAGCAAAGAGCAACAGCAGUCAUCAUGCAGACAAAGCCACUCUAAAUCCACCUCCUUGCCUGCCAAGGACUUCUCUGACCACCAGCAGAUCCAGCAGAGCAGCGGCGCCAUCAGAGAACCUUGGAGUGAAAUCCCAAUUUAUAGUACAGAGAAGAGGGGACGACUAGUUACAGGCAGUGACAGCAGACAGGCCUCCCUCACACCCCAGUCUUCCCUGAACUCUUGCAGUUCUCUGCUCUAUUUAAGAAUGGACUCAGAGUCCAGAACACCUAUUACUUGCUAUGCUGAUGAUUUGGCUGCUACAGUGGUGUCCAUGGCCACAGAACUAGCAGCCAUCUGCCUGGAGAACUCCACUGGGAAACAACCUUGGUUCUGUGCGCUAAAAGGGAUGUCUACCGAAGGGCCAGAAGCUUACUUGAUUCCUGCUUGCCGCACAGUCCUCAGGAGGAAAGAGGGUCAGAGCACCAAUGCUGCCUCCAAGAAACAUCGGGCACCACGCCUCAGUGAGAUUAAGAGGAAAACGGAGGAGCAACCAGAACUGAUGGAGCGGCUGGUGAACCGGGUGGUGGACGAAUCAGUCAACCCUGAUGAACCACAGGACCCGUUUGCCCUCUUUGCCUCUGAAGUCACAGCCAGGAUCAUGAACUGCCCUGAGCUUAAUGUGGUGGAUACCUCCAAACCAGGCCAGCCACGCAGCAGGUUGCAGUGUGAGAGGUGGAGUCGUGGAAAGGCAUCUAGUUAUGAGAGCAUUCCAGAAGAAGAUGCAGACCCUUCAGGCACACCCAACACCCUGGGGCCCGGCAGUCGGUUAGGUCAGAACCUGAGUCGUGGUAGCUCAAUUUCUAAGCAGUCCAGCUGUGAGAGCAUCACAGAUGAAUUCUCACGGUUCAUGGUAAACCAGAUGGAGACUGAGGGCAGGGGCUUUGACCUUCUGCUAGACUACUACGCAGGAAAAAAUGCCAGCAGCAUCCUGGCUGCAGCUGUGCAACAGGCUGCAUCAAAGAAAAAUGGUCACCUUAAUGUCAGGACCUCAUCUUGUCUAUCCAAACAGUCUAGUACAGAGAGCAUCACAGAGGAGUUCUAUAGGUUUAUGCUUCGGGACAUGGAUAAGGAAAACAAAGAGUAUGGCAUUGCCAAGACUAAAGAGUGGAGCAACAGCUUGUUCCCCCCUUCUCCUAGAACACCCUUCUGUAUACGACAGUCCUCUGUCCCAGACCGCCGUUCCUCAGACUCGCGACUGACUGUCAACUCACCCAUUAAAGCCAACUCUUUUGACGGAUUCGCCCGUAAUGUUCAUGGAGAUACACUGAAUAUCUUUCCCACUAACUCAGUGUCAGCUACGGGACUGUGUAAGUCAGACUCCUGCCUCUAUCAAAGGGGUAAGACUGACCAGAUUACUGAUAUGCUGAUUCAUGAGACCUGGUCGAGCUCAAUUGAGUCUUUGAUGAGAAAGAACAAGAUCAUUGCUGAUCCAGAGGACAGUAUUGAGCUGGAGGCUGGAGGGGACUACCAGCCCCAUGUGCAGCAGUUUGCCAAUCGCCUGGCAGCUGACAUUGUAGAUAUUGGCAAGUCUGCACUGGGAGGCCAACAAGAUGUAGCUGGGGGCACAACUGGGUCACUCCCACAGCCGCACAUGCCUGUUGGUGAAAGGAGGAGGGGGUUCAAACAAUCUCAUCUAAGCUGUGGUCGAAGUAGGUCCAGCCAGGAGCAAACUUGUACUGGCAUAGGGUCUGUGUCUAGUGACAGCAGUGCACCCCGCAUGAGAAGCCCCAGAGAUGUACCACUGAUCCAUAUUGAGGGAGAUCAGAGGGAUGAAGAGACUCCUUUAAACCCUGAAAGGACAGGAGGAGGACCUCAGGAAACACCCACAGACGUAUCAGCUAUCAAACGUACAGAGAGGGCUACAGCCAACGGCAGCAGCAGUGAGAGGGACAGGCCAGCUGUGGCGGUGGCUGCAGUAGUGAAGAGGGACAAGCGUUCUAUGAGUGCUAGCAGUGAAGAGAGCAUGGGGAGCUGGUCCCAUAUAACCCCCGAGGAUGACCCCCACGAGGAGACCAGUAGUUUUAUCCAGCUGAGCGAGGGGAACGGGACCAGCAGCGCAUCCAGCCUAGGCCUGGCAGACCUGGAUGCUUUUUCUGAUGUGCCCACUCAGAGCACAGUAAUCAGCGAGGAAACAGAGAAAGGCCAUCUGGCAGGAACCAAGGAGAAUGUCUUUGAGACCAACUCUGUGAGGACAGCUGGCAGCAGUAGCAACCUCAGGGUGCUGUUGGUGGUAAACUGCGAUCUUGAGCCUGAGUGCGUAGACUCUGAGCUGAGAGUGGCCCUGCAGUGGAUUGCUGCCUCAGAGCUGGGCCUACCUGCCCUCUACUUCAGGAAGUCCAAAGAAAAGAGGCUCGCAAAGUUCCAGAGGGUGGUCCAUCUGAUGUCUCAGAAGGCGUGGCGGAUUGCAGACUUGUUCAGCGCUGUCGUUCAGUUCUGUAAGCUACACGAGAAAGAGGAAGAAGAGGGCCGGUCUCUGUCCAGCCUGUUUGAUUGGCUGUUGGAAACCCUGUAGGGCGGACUAGCUUCCUCAUACUGCAAACAAAAAACCCAUACGCUCACUCAUUCACUCACACUUCUAACAUGUUCCCAGCUGUUUGCCCCUUCCUGUCUCAUCACACCAAGUGUCUCCUACUGCAGGCUGUAAGCACCAACGCGAAUUAGCAUACUUGAGAAAUUCAUAAACUUCAAUCUGUCCAUGGAAACUCUGUCUUUUUGUCUGUUCGCAAACCAUGAACGGACAAGUCUCCCUUUAAUAAAAGCAUGCUUUUGUUUUCAGAUUCACCUCUCUAGUGAGACACACACAAACACAGAGCAAACUGUAGGUGUACGGGUUGGACAUUCCUGAUGGGAAUGAACUAGCCUUCAAGAGAUUAUAGUCAGCAGGUUUUAACUGCUCCAGAUUAUAUAUAAAUAUAUAUAUUUACAGAUUCUCACAACCAAAUUAUGUGUUUAUUUAUUUAUUUAUUCCAAAUGAACACACAUGAAGCAAAGUACCAACAGAAGAUAGGAAAAUCAGGUUAAAUUCUCCCCACAACUCAACAUGCUCAAACCUUUUGUAUCAAGAUUACUUUGUAAAAGAGGCUAAGUGAGGAAUUGUAAGCCCAGAAAAAGCUCUUUCACUUUCUUAUGACAGCCACUUAGAAGUGCACAUUUGCUUAAAGUAAGCAAAAUGCCCAUAUAUUUGUUGUGUUCAUUUGCCAACAUACCACCUCUGUUGUGACCUUGAAAUUCAGUUCAAAGUAAGUGUGUUAUCUUGUUAAUGUUACUUGAGAACUGAUUAUUUUGGAUAGCUGUACUGUAUAUACUGUAGAUUUGGAACUGCUGCACCUUGGAGUAGUGGACUGCUCUCUUUAGCUUUUACUAUGUCAGGAGGACAGAGUAAGGUUUGUAAUGUUGAAUUUGUAUGUGAAUUUGGUCUGUUGAUUUCUCUACAUAGUAGUACUCUAGUGAUACAUCAGCAUUGGGGAAAAAGCACACGAUUCAGCUGUAAACUCUGUCACGGUAGAACUGAAUGUAUUUAUCUUUUGACAUCAAUAAAUUUCUGUGAUGUGAAAUACAA